AUGCGCGGCAGUGCACUCGUGCGGCUGCCCGCCGGCGUUCUUCGGCCUUCGCUCGUCUCGGGCGUGCGCUUUCUCGGAUCCUUCGGCCUUCCGUUGCCGAAACCGCGCGCAACGACUGCUGCCGAAGGGGAAGGCGCGGAAGGGGAAGGCGAAGCCUGGACCGGGCCGGAGGGCGAUGCGCAGCGGCCCGCGAAACUCAGCAAACGCCCUCGGGGAGAGAUCGGACCGGGAGACACUGGGUUGCGGCACGAAACAAAACGCGAGAGACGGGCGGCGAGACGAGCGCAGGAAGACCAGUGCGAAGGCACCGAAGGCGAGAACGAACAGCCCGAAGGCUGCCAGGUCGUAGACGUCUUCGAAGACUCUGCAGAAGAAAAAGAACAAAGCGAUCUGUGGAUCGCGGGUGAGGACGGCGGUCCAUCUUCGCCUUCCGGUGUGAAUCGAGUGUCUCUGCGGGCCCGCCUUCUCGAAGGGUUGGCGCUGCCGCGUCUGGGGCUUCCCGAAGUAGCCUUCUUGGGCAGAAGCAACGUGGGGAAAUCCUCGCUGUUGAACGCGCUGUGUAGAUACACCCAGGCGCAGCGGCACCGGCGGGCGUCGAAGGCAGUGCGCGGCGCGAGUGCGAUGGAUUUCGCUCGGGUCUCGCGACGACCUGGAAGCACGCGGAGCAUCAACUUGUACGAGGUUUUCGGCGGCGCGAAAAAUCCAGCGAGUUGUGCUGGAGUCCAGAAGAAGGGCGGAAAGUCCAGAGGAGGGGCGCGGGUGGCAGGACAGGCACCGCGGGCCAAAGCGCCUCUGACGAGCUCGGGCGACCGCGGUUUGCUGGUCUUUGCGGAUCUUCCCGGCUACGGCUUCACCAGAGGUCUUUCAGCGCAGGAGUCGCAGCGCCUGAGCAAAAACGUGAGACUCUACGUGGAGAAACGGAACGAACUACGCCUCUUCCUCAUCCUCGUCGACGGCCGAGCAGGCAUCCAAGACCACGACGCAGACCUACUCCGCUGGCUCGUCGCCCAGAGCGUCCCGACCCUCCUCGUCGUCACAAAAGCAGACUGCCUCGCUCCAAAACAUCUCGAUAAUCUUUUGAACCAGCUGUCCUUCUAUCCCAAGCUGUUCAGCCUGCCGCCGCUUCUCCAGCGCCUCAAGGCGGCCCGAGAGGAGCCGCCGGCGGUGAAAAGAUUCAACUACGUCUCGCCUGCGCUCCUCUCGGCGGCGCGCGUCUCGGAAGCAAACGGCGCGCCGGCGAGGGCAGAAACCGCAGAACGGCAAACAGACAAAGAUUCCAGCAGCGCCUGGGGCAGCGAAGGGGAGACACCCGGGGCGCGUGGAGCUGCCACUGACGAAGGAGCGCCGCAGGACGAAACGAAUGCCGGAGCGGCAGGCGAGGCGGAGACACCCUCGGCGUCGGCGUCAAGGGAGAAGCGCGUCGGCGUUAUGCAUGGUCUCGAGGGGGAAGAGGGCCAGAGGAUUCGAAGGCAGGAAGCAGAGGAAGCGAAGAAGAACGCGGCGCGUGCGCUGCCCGCCAUCGAGGGAUUUCGGGCGCCUGGAAAGAGAAGCUCCAAAGAGGAAGGCCCCAUUCAAGUUCUCCUCACUUCCGCCGCCGCAGGACAAGGCAUCGCCGAGCUGUGGAAGGCCAUCUGCGAAGCGUGCAGCGGCGUCCGGGCCCCGCAACACGAGGGCGAGGAAGAUUACGAAGACGGAGAUGAAGAAAGCGAAGAAAGAGAGGAAGGAAGCGAAGAAAGAGAGGAAGGAAGCGAAGAAAGAGAGGAAGGGAAAACAGAAGAAGAAGGGAUAGAGAGGUCGAGGGUGGAGACGAAGACUGUGGACGGUAGUGAAAAGAUCAGGAAAAUCCGAAAGAAACAAGCUAAGAAAGAGCCAUUCUGGGGGUUUGGGAUGUAA